AAGGUAAUAAAUCUGAAAACCCACAACUUCAAUUUUCUGUUCUCAGAUUUAUCUCUGCUAAAAAUCUUACCUUUCAUCAUUUACAACAUUAUUUGUUUUUUCUUCAUAAUCUGACUGGAAACUGAGGGUUUUUUGAUUUGAACUGUAAUGCCUGGUUUCAAUCAAUGAUUCUUUCAGCUCCGAGUUAAGUUUUUGUUAAUGGGUUUUUUUAUUUGAUGUUAGAAAUCAAUAUUUAGGCUUGGAAAGUUUGGAUCUUUGGAUGUGGGAGCCUAGAUUUAGGGUUUGCAUUUGGUGUUUGUGUAAGGAUUUAAAUUGGGUUAGUUGAGCACCAUGGAUGGUGUUGGGGAAUCUUCUGAAUCUGGGAAUGGAGUGUCUAGUUCUCAAUCUAAGAAAAAUGGGUCUUUUGGUGAAGAUGAUAGUGAUAGGUGCCCUAAGCAAGUGUCACCUGUUAGGGGCGGUGGGUCGAGGAAUACAAGUCCAUUGGGUCGUGUAGGAUCAAGGAACACUAGCCCUUCGAGGCAGAAAGUUAUUAAGACCAAACCGCGCGGGUUAGAUGAGGAAACAGCUGCUACAUUUGGUAAAGCAGUCCACCCUGAUGUUCAAAUGGAAGAUAGUAUAUGGGCAAUGUUGCCCGAAGACUUGUUGAAUGAGAUUUUAGCUAGGGUUCCUCCAUUUAUGAUCUUUCGUCUACGUUCUGUUUGUAAACGUUGGAAUUCUAUUCUUCAAGAUUGUAGUUUUCUCAAAUUUCACUCACAAGUGCCAUCUCAUGGGCCUUGUCUUCUUACAUUUUGGAGGAACUCUCAGACCCCACAAUGCUCGGUCUUCAGCUUGCCGUUGAAAACGUGGUAUAGGAUUCCGUUCAUGUUUCUGCCUCCAUGGGCAUUCUGGUUGGUUGGUUCUUCAGGUGGUCUUGUUUGCUUUUCUGGGCUUGAUGGGCUAACUUUCAAAACUCUAGUUUGUAAUCCCCUCACACAAACUUGGAGGACGUUGCCGACUAUGCAUUAUAAUCAGCAAAGGCAACUGAUAAUGGUUGUUGAUAGGACAGACCGAUCGUUUAAAGUUAUAGCCACUAGUGAUAUAUAUGGUGACAAAUCUUUACCCACCGAAGUAUAUGAUUCGAAGCUCAACAUUUGGUCACUUCACCAGGUAAUGCCUGCAGUCAAUCUUUGCUCCUCAAAGAUGGCAUAUUGUGAUUCCAAAUUGUACUUGGAAACCCUUUCACCACUUGGUCUAAUGAUGUAUCGGCUGGAUACUGGCUACUGGGAACACAUUCCAGCCAAGUUCCCACGGUCAUUGUUGGAUGGGUAUUUAGUUGCUGGAACCCAGAAGCGUUUGUUUCUAGUUGGAAGGAUUGGCCUUUAUAGUACACUUCAGAGUAUGAGAAUUUGGGAAUUGGAUCAUGUAAAAAUCAUGUGGGUGGAGAUUAGCAGGAUGCCACCAAAGUAUUUUCGAGCUUUGUUGAGGUUAUCAGCUGAGAGGUUUGAGUGCUUUGGUCAGGACAAUUUAAUUUGCUUCACUUCUUGGAACCAAGGGAAGGGCCUUCUAUAUGAUGUGGAUAAGAAGGUUUGGUCAUGGAUUGCUGGCUGUGCCCUUCAGUCAUACAAUAGUCAAGUUUGUUUCUAUGAGCCAAGAUUUGAUGCUUCUAUCUACUGAGGAGGAAAUUUUGCUAUGUGGUGUUAAUUUUUAUUUUAUUUAUUUUGAGGGUGAGCAUCCUCGUUCGGCAUCUUCUCUAAUUUCUUCUGCACAACCAAGAGGAAGGUUCUUCAUACUAAGCUGGUCAGUUCAUCAUUGAAUUUCUUUCAGCUUUUCAUGCCAUAUCAGUAAUGAAGAUGCAUCUGAAGAAACCAGUUUCGUUGGCAAGAUUUUGACAAUUCAAGGGUGAUAGUGCCAGGACUUUGUAAUGUACAAUAAUCGAGUAUGGUUUUAACUCAAGGGCUGGGCUUGUUAAGGAAGUAAAUGGAUGGUGACAUCUAGGGAUGGAUCGCAAGUGGGCAAUUUUCUGUUCCAACUCCUGUAAGAUAUUUAAAAUUGAUUUGUACAUGCCAGCUACAUAUCUUAGACUCUUAAUACUAUGUUGCUCAUUAAUUUACUAUACAA